UAUUAACUUGUUCAAAAACUAUCUGGAGUUGUCAAGGCUCGGGCGGACAGAGGCGAAAAGUACAGUUUGUUGAUGCUUUUUCGGAGAAGCGACGGGAGAAGUUUUGUGGACACAACAUAGCGAGGGACCUAUUGGGAGAAGGCUCUUUGUCACACACACACACACACAAGCGCGCGCUCUGACACACACUCACCGAGCGGGAGAGAGAGAGAGAGAGAGAGAGUGAAGACGCAGCAGGCUGCUUGUGGUUUUUUCGUCCAGAGAAAAAGUUGCAGUGAAAAAAUCGACAGGUAACUUUUUUUUUUAGCAGCAGCCCCGCGCGCUCCUCAGUGGCUCGUGGAGUUUGUCUCUGUGGUUUUUUCUUUCUUCUUUUCCCCCGUGCUCGCGGGAGCUCCAACUAAAAGCUGUUCCUGAUGUAUAACAUGAUGGAGACUGAACUGAAGCCCCCGGCUCCCCAGACCAACACGGGGGGCUCGGGCAACACCAACACGUCCGGCACCGGACCCAACCAGAAAAACAGCCCGGAGCGGGUCAAGAGACCCAUGAACGCGUUCAUGGUGUGGUCCCGGGGCCAGAGGAGGAAGAUGGCGCAAGAAAAUCCCAAAAUGCACAACUCGGAGAUAAGCAAGAGGCUGGGCGCGGAGUGGAAACUUCUGUCGGAGAGCGAGAAGAGACCGUUCAUCGACGAAGCCAAGAGGCUGCGGGCCCUGCACAUGAAGGAGCAUCCGGAUUACAAAUACCGGCCCCGGCGGAAAACCAAGACCCUCAUGAAGAAGGACAAGUACACCUUGCCCGGUGGGCUGCUGUCGGCGGGAGGAAACGGGAUGGGAGCUGGUGUCGGUGUCGGGGUGGGGGCUGGGCUGGGCGGCGGGGUGAACCAGCGGAUGGACAGCUACGCGGCGCACAUGAACGGCUGGACCAACGGGGGCUACGGCAUGAUGCAGGACCAGCUGAGCUACCAGCACCCGGGGCUGAACGCGCACAACCAGAGUCAGAUGCAGUCCAUGCACCGCUACGACAUGAGCGCCCUGCAGUACAACACCAUGGCCAGCUCCCAGAGCUACAUGAACGGCUCCCCGACAUACUCCAUGUCUUAUUCUCAGCAAGGCACGCCAGGGAUGACCACCCUGGGCUCCAUGGGGCCCUCCUCGGUGGUGAAGUCCGAGUCCAGCAGCUCCAGCCCGCCCGUCGUCACCUCGUCGUCCCACCGGGCCGGCCCGGGCUGCCAAAGCGGAGAUCUGAGGGACAUGAUCAGCAUGUACCUGCCCGGGGCGGAGGUCAGCGAGCAGACCGCCCAGACCAGGCUACACAUGUCCGGGCACUACCAGAGCACCGUGCCCGGGACGACGAUCAACGGCACGCUGCCGUUAACACACAUGGAGCUCUAGAGGAACGGUAGGAGAUCCCCCUCUUCAUUGGUGGAUGAAGUUUGGAAGACUAGAAAGUGGCAGUCGCAAUCAAAUGUUUUAUUAUUGCAAUCACCUUUUGUACAGUAUUUAUCAAAGAAACAUUACAAUCAGAUGAAAUUGUUUGUUAAACUGCAAGAGGUUGUA